ACCUCCAUAACACACUAGCGAAGAAGGAAAGAAAUGCAACAUGGCGGCCGACAAAUCUACUAAAGAAAAGCUGCUAUCCGCUUUGAAUGAUAUAGAAGUGUUGUCCAGAGAACUGAUAGAAAUGCUUGCGCUGUCACGAAGCCAGAAACUUCCCCAGCCUGGAGAGGACACUCAGAAGGUGCUGGAGCUGCUAGUGCAGAGGGACAAAGAGUUCCAGGAGCUGAUGCGGACAGCCUUGAGGCAGGGCAGGACUCAUGAGGAGAUGCAGAAGCUGGAGAAGGAAGUAGAGAAGAGGGACGGUGACAUUCAGCUGCUGCAGAAGCAGCUUAAGGAGGCGGAGCACAUCCUGGCCACUGCUGUGUACCAAGCCAAAGAGAAACUCAAAUCCAUUGAAAAGGCCAGAAAAGGCAGCAUCUCUUCAGAGGAAAUUAUAAAGUAUGCACACAGGAUAAGUGCCAGUAAUGCAGUAUGCGCGCCUCUGAACUGGGUCCCAGGUGACCCGCGGAGGCCGUAUCCCACUGACCUUGAGAUGCGGAGUGGAAUGCUGGGUCAUAUGUGUAACCUGCCCACCAAUGGUGUGAACGGCCACCUGCCUGGAGAUGCACUGGCUGCUGGGAGAUUACCAGAUGUACUGGCCCCACAGUACCCAUGGCAGUCUGCAGAUGUUGCCAUGGCAAUGCCUCCACCACCUCACCAUGGUAACGACCUCGGCUUGGAGUUGCCAGGGCACAAUAAGGAGAAUGAAGAUGAUGUGGAGGCCAUGAGCACCGACUCGUCCAGCAGCAGCAGUGAUUCUGACUGAGAAUGAGUGCAUGAGACAGGGAAUAUGAAUCCAAAAUUCUCCAAAACGACCUUGUGUGUGAGGUACCUUAUUCUGCCACCUUAAGUCGAUAAUACAAAUGUUAAGGUUAUUAGUAACUUCAUUCCUUCCAUGUUGCUAAAGCCAACCUGACCUCAGUCAGCUGGAAACAUCUCAUGAUAGCAAGCUAAAACAAUUUAAGUGUUCUUUACAGCUCAUUUUACAUGCAUCAGGUUUAAUGAAUAUUUUACCACCUGCUCACCACUAGAGACACCCUCCCCUCCCCCUCUUCUCUUGUCUUCAUUGCCUUUUGUGCAUCUCAGUUGUGUAAAUAGAGUUGUAAAAAUGUUUGGGUUUCAAAACUUGUAAAUAAACUUUCUUUGAUUAAAAA